CUUGCCGUACCCGGGAGGGGCGUGAAAGCAGCGUUAGCAUCUUCACAGUUAAGCUAAUGUAUUUUUUUUACGUCAAACUGAACUAAUAUAACAGCUCUCCUUUCACCACGUUAAAUCUCUUUAGACUAAAAUGUGUUUUAUGCAUUUUUAAUAAUCAAUUCGCUUUCUUUUUUUUACACCUGUUCAUUUGCUGCAUGCUAAUACUACCUAGCUAAGUUGUGCAUAACUCAGGAAAACAAAAGAUAGCAUCUUCGACAGAGACUUUUUGUGGAUGCAAAACCAUAAAAAUGGUCUUAUCCGAGACAGAGAAUGGUCGUUCUGGAGGCGAAGAAGAGACAGACGCGAUAGUGAAAACGUGUGUUUUAAGUGGUUUCAGUGAGAGCAGCGAGGUCACGACUCUCAUCUCCAGCCUGGUGGAGGUCCAUGAGGACCAGAGAGUAAGAGAGAUUGUGAUGCAGAGAUUCUCGGUGAUAAUGAACGGAUAUCAAGAGCAGCCUCAUCUGCUGGAUCCACAUUUAGAACGAAUGAUGAAAAUGCUACUGGACCUAGUGAGGAGUGAAAACUCUCCACCCUCUCUGGUGCACUUGAGCUUCAAGUGUCUCUACAUCAUUUGUAAGGUUAGAGGAUAUAAAACCUUCAUGCAGCUUUUUCCUCAUGAGGUGGCCGAUGUCCAGCCUGUUCUGGAACUGAUGUCCAGACAAGACCCUGAAGACUUACAGACUUGGGAAACUCGCUACAUGUUGUUGUUGUGGCUGUCCAUGACCUGCCUCAUACCCUUUGACCUAUCUCGUCUGGAUGGCCAUCUAGAGUCAGACGGCGGUAAGCCUAGGGAGUCCACCAUGUAUCGUAUUCUCACUGUUGCAAAGUCUUAUCUACUAGUGGCUGACUGUCCCAGAGACGCGGCAUCUGUUCUCAUUUCAAAGUUCAUGACACGCCCUGAUGUGAAACAGAAAUGUCUCGCAGACUUUCUGGAUUGGAGUCUCACCACUGUAUCUCAGACCGAUGACCAUUCAGUGAGGGACAUUAUGGCGCUUGACGGUGUUCUGCAAUCACUGGCGAAGCUUUUUAAACAUGGAAAACGGGACGACCUCUUACAGUACGCUCCUACGGUUCUGCAGUGUCUGGAGCAGAAACGCCUGUCAGAAAGUAGUGAGGCCAAGCCGCGAAAGCUAGCUGUUAAACUCAUUCAGAGGCUGGGCCUCACGUUCCUCAAGCCACGAUUAGCUUCCUGGAGGUACCAGAGAGGCAGCCGCUCCCUUGCAGCUAAUCUUUCCAUGUCCCAGCCAGUGUCCGACACCGCUCCGGUUUCUGAACCAGACACGCGUGAGCAAGACGACUACGACAUUCCUGAGGAGGUUGAGACGGUUAUUGAGACUCUGCUCGUUGGACUGAAGGACAAGGAAACAAAUGUGCGCUGGUCUGCAGCAAAGGGAAUUGGGAGGGUGACUGGGAGGCUUCCCAAGGAGCUGGCAGAUGAGGUGGUUGGAUCAGUGCUCGAGUGUUUCAGCUUUCAGGAAAUGGACAAUGCUUGGCACGGAGGCUGCCUCGCUCUGGCCGAGCUGGGUAGGAGGGGCCUGCUGCUCCCUUCUAGGCUGACUGAUGUUGUGCCGCUUAUUAUCAAGUCUCUGACCUACGAGGAGAAGAGGGGCGCGUGCAGCGUCGGGUCCAACGUUCGUGACGCUGCCUGCUAUGUGUGCUGGUCCUUCGCCAGAGCAUACGAACCCAAAGAACUGACUCCUUUUGUCACCCAGAUAGCGAGCGCCUUGCUGAUCACGACUCUGUUUGACAGAAAUAUCAACUGUCGCAGAGCUGCCUCUGCUGCCUUCCAAGAGAAUGUUGGCCGACAGGGCACCUUCCCUCAUGGUAUUGACAUCCUAACAGCAGCAGACUACUUUGCUGUAGGAAAUCUCAGUAACUGCUACCUAACCAUUAGUGUCUACGUAGCUGGUUUCCCCGAGUACACCAAAUCUAUGAUAGAACAUUUAAUAACCAUGAAGAUCAACCACUGGGAUGGUGUGAUCCGAGAGCUUGCCUCUGAAGCGCUCCACAACCUGACGCCUCAAGCGCCUGAUUAUAUGGCAACACAAGUUUUGCCUCAGCUGUUGACCAUGGCGACUGGCCCGGACCUUCAUGGUCGUCAUGGGGCCAUCAUGGCGUGUGGAGAAGUCACGCACGCUCUGUAUGAAGUGGGCCUUCAGACCAACAGGACUGUGGUGGACGUCAUUUCUCCGGAGUGUGUGGACGCGUUGAAGAGCAUUCACCAUGUGCUGCAUGAAAGAAAACAAUACAGGGGCUUUGGUGGAGCACUAAUGAGACCCGCAAUUUGCAGUCUGAUAGGAAAGCUGUCCCUGUCCAAAAUGCCGUUUAAAAAUGACCCCAUCAUCAGUGCCUGGCAGUGGCUCAUCGAUGACACCAUACACAAUCUGCAUCUUUUUUCAAGUGGUGUGAAGGGGGGCAUCAUCGCUGCAGUGGUGUCGGCUCUGUCUGCAUUGUGUGAGGAGUACUACCAGGACCAGACGGGCCAGGCGGACCCUCAGAUGCAGGAUGCUCUGGUGUCCCAGUACAUUGGAGGGCUAAAGAGUCCGCAGACACUAACUCGUAGCGGGUCUGCUCUCGCUCUCAGCUGUCUGCCAACAUUCAUGAUCCGCGGCAAAUUCAAACAGAUCUUUGACGGCCUUCGGCAGAUGUGUUCUGUCAGCCAGAUGGAGGGGAAUUUCACCGAGGCCAGGAGAGAUGCGGUCAGAGCGAUCACUCUCGUGUGUGUGAAGGCAGGUGUCUGUGCACACGGCCGCCCGGACUCCACCCUGUGCUCCAACAACAUCGCUGAUGUUUACGGCGUCCUGCUCAGCUGUCUGAAUGACUACACCACAGACAGCCGUGGAGACGUUGGAGCCUGGGUGAGAGAAGCAGCAGUGACCGCUCUGAUGGAACUAACGAUGCUAGUGGCCAGAGAUGCUCCUGAGAUCCUCUCACCAGACCUGGUGAAGCCUAUGAUGUGCUGCCUGGCCCAGCAGAUGGCGGAGAAGAUUGACCGUUACAGAGCGCACGCUGGCAACGCCUUCCUGCACCUCCUCCACAGCACGAAGCCCGCAGUACCUCACAUCCCCCACAGGGAGGAGCUGUUGAUCAUCUUACCUGUCGAGACCUUAACCAGUCUAAACUGGAACGCCCCUUCUCAAGCUUUCAAGUACAUCGCCCAGCUGCUUGGACUGCCUGAGUAUCGGUACCACACCCUCCUGGGGCUCUCCGUGUCCGUGGGAGGCCUCACAGAGUCCACAGGUCACUUCUCCUCCCAGGCCCUGUUUGACUUCCUGAGAGGGAUUCAGAGGGAUGAAGCAGCUCUGGAGCAGUUCGGAGAGACGCUGCUGAGGAUUUUCAGGGACAGUCUCCACAGUAGCCGAGUAUCGACUCCCUUACUGAAGACGCUCAGUCAAAUGCUCGCUAACAGUUGCUUUGAAAUCUUUGCCACACAAGAGGAUCAUCAUUUCGGUCUGGACCUGUUGAACCUUUGCAAAGAGUGCAGGAAGUCCAAAGAUGUGGUCAAGCUGCGCGCGUGCAUAGACGCGUUCUGCGGGUUGAUCCAGUUCCAGGGCGAAGUGAGGAAGAAGGUUUGGUCCCAGCUGCUGAUGCUGCUCUGCCACCAGUUCCCUGUGAUAAGAAAAGCCACAUCCAGUGAGGUGUAUGAGAUGCUUCUGACCUACGACGAUGCCGUUUGUCCGGAGGUGUUGGAUGAUGUCAUGACCUUACUAAGCGACACUAACUGGGAGAGCGACCUCGCCACAGUACGCGCUCACAGGAAUCAGCUUUGUGAUUGGCUAGGAGUUCCCAGACCACGGCCUGUUGCCAAGGGAACCAGUUAACAUUGUUAAGGUUAACUGCUUCUGAAGAUUCUGUAGGCCCUGACAAAGUAAACAGUUGUGUUUUGUGUCGCUGCUGAAUGAACCCCUAGGAACUUGUUUUUGCUCGCAGGCCCGGCUCCAUGCUUCCCACUGGCUGAACCUGCAGGAACUGACGUGAUUCAUUCAGCUGAAAUGAUAUCUGAACUUCAUGUGGUACAUAUUUCUUGCAGCUGCCAGGAAAGCAACAUAAUUGCAAUCUGUUGCUUUAUAAACAACAAACACAAUAAAUAAGCGAAAUAAAGACAUCAGUUAACAGGCUUGUCA